AAGAAAAAAGUCUUAUCUCGUGAGUACAAAUGAUAAACCGCACACGUGGCAAUCACGUGGCGACCCAUCAUAUCCAUCCUCUCUCUCUCGCUAGACUUGCCGUGGAAUCUCCGAAACGGCGACCGACAACCACCUCCCUCCCCCUCAACACCUGAUUCUCCUCCACCUUCCGCCGUUUUCUCAUCUUACCUGUCCCUAAAAUCACCACCUUCACUACCCUCCCUACAUUUUUUAGUGUUUAGUGUUUUCGUAUAUUAAUUUAGGAUCCGUAAAUCGAUAUUAUUUGCAAAAAAAUGAUGGGCUAUGAGAGCCACCAGGGCUCGGAACAGGCCCGUCUCUACGCAUCCAAAGAAGAAAUGGAGUCCUUGGUCCUCAACGACGACGCCGCCGUCCCACCCCAUCCGCUCUCCUCAUCUCCUCCCUUGGCCCAAAUCCCCACCAACCACGACUCUGACACUGAUCCACUGCGCUCUUCUCCAUCCCCCCUCCUGCACCCUCAGAGUCAAACUCAAAACCCUGACCCUCACUCCUUCAUUCUCGAACCUCCGUCUUACGCCGACGCCGUCUUCCGAUCCUUCGACGCCUCCUCCGAGAUCAACGGCCAUGACCUCUCCACCUCCUCCCCCUCCGCCUCCUCUCCCUCAUAUUCCUCCUCAGAUUUUCUUAAAAUAUCCGUCUCCGAUCCUCAGAAGGAGCAGGACAUCGCCACUUCACUUGUCCCCGGCGGUACCUCUUAUUUUACUUACUUAAUUAUCACGCGCACCAACAUACCGGAGUUCAACGGUACUGAAUUUAGCGUCCGGAGGAGGUUCCGAGAUGUGGUUACGCUCUCCGACCGGUUGUCAGAGGCUUACCGAGGGUUUAUUAUUCCGAUUAGGCCGGAUAAGAGCGUGGUGGAGAGUCAGGUGAUGCAGACGCAGGAUUUUGUGGAGCAGAGGAGAGCGGCAUUGGAAAAGUAUUUGAGGAGGUUGGCCAAGCAUACGGCCAUUCGGAGGAGUGAAGAGUUGAGGUUGUUUCUGGAGUCGCAAGGAAAGCUGCCGCUGAUGAAACCUACGGAUGUUGCGUCGAGGAUGUUGGAUGGGGCGGUGAAGCUGCCCAGGCAGUUGUUUGGCGGGGAGGUUGUUGCGGGAGUGGUGGAUGUGAAUGAGGUGGCCCAGCCUGCAAAAGGUGGGAAGGAUUUGCUGAGGCUUUUUAAGGAGUUGAAGCAAAGCGUUACUAAUGAUUGGGGUGCAACGAAGCCAGCUUUGGUAGAGGAGGACAAGGAAUUUAUGGAGAGGAAAGAUAAGUUGCAGGAAUUGGAACAGCAGCUCAGCAAUGUCUCUCAGCAGGCUGAAGAGCUUGUGAAAGCUCAGCAAGACAUUGGAGAAACAGUUGGGCAAUUGGGCCUGGCUCUAGUCAAGUUAACUAAGUUUGAGACCGAGGAAGCUGUUUACGAUUCCCAAAGAGUGCGAGCAGCUGACAUGAAGAAUGUUGCAACUGCUGCUGUCAAAGCUAGCAGACUAUAUCGGGAAUUGAAUUCACAGACUGUCAAGCAUUUGGAUAAGCUGCAUGAAUACCUCGGAGUGAUGUUAGCUGUCAACAAUGCAUUUUCAGACCGAUCAAAUGCUCUAUUGACUGUUCAGACCCUUUUAUCUGAGUUGUCAUCAUUAAAUUCAAGAAUUGAAAAGCUUGAAGUUGCUUCAUCUAAGAUAUUUGGUGGAGACAGGGCUAGAAUCCGGAAAAUAGAAGAGUUAAGGGAAACUGUAAGGGCUACGGAGGAUGCCAAAACUUGUGCUAUUGCAGAAUAUAAACGAAUAAAGGAGAACAAUAGAAAUGAGCUAGACAGAUUAGACAGGGAGAGGCGUGAAGACUUCUUGAGCAUGUUGAAAGGAUUUAUUGUUAAUCAGGCAGGAUAUGCUGAGAAAAUGGCCAGUGUAUGGGAGACGGUUGCAGAAGAAACAAGCGGAUAUGUGAAAUGCACUAGCUGAAGAGCUGGCUGUAAAUAUUUCCUUUUCCAACUUCCUUUGUACUUCAGUCAUGUACACUAGUUAAUGGAGUCACUUAUUCAUCGCAUGGUGGAAGCUAUAUACUUGUAUCAGCUUUUGAUUGUUACAUGUAAAAUCGGUGGAAGUGUGCUUAAGAGAUUCAGUUUUGCUGUCUUGUACACCAAACUGGUUGUCACAAGAAGUGACGAAACAAAUUUUGUUUUUGGCUGGUGCUACUUUGUGUUUGAGAGGAAGGUUGUGUACACUCUGUAGUGGUUCUCCUAAGAUAUUUGUUUUCUA